AAAUGAAAGACGCAUUUCAAUUUGUGGUGGAUUUGAAGAAAUUGGUGGUUUAAAAAAUGCUAUAGGUGCAAUUAAUGGACUUUGUUGGUUUUCGUUGGAGUAUGUCCCAUACCAAUCACUAGUGGUUGGUUAUCAGUUAUGGACUUUCGCGUACACAAGAUUUAUUUUGUAG